AUGGGCACGCGGGCGAUCCUCCCCCUCCUCGCCCUCCUCGAGGUCGGCUUGGCCUUCGGCGGUCUCUCCGGCGACCAAGGGUGGCACGCCGUGCCGCUCUUUCGCAAGCCCGCUGUGUCCACCGGCCAGCUCGAGCUGGUCGAGGAAGGCCUGAACGUGCUGCGGGCGCAGACGGAGCCCUUCGCCAUCGUGAGCGCCGUCGGCCCCACGCGCACCGGCAAGAGCUCCAUCCUCGGCCGCGCCUUCUUCCGCGGCGAGCACGAAAACAUCUUUGAGGUUGGCUCGGGCGUCACGUCGCACACCGGCGGAGUGUGGAUCGCGAGCCAGCCGAUCGAGGUGAAGGUGGCGGACGGGAGCACGCUGCGCGUGCUCUUCAUCGACACUGAGGGCUUCAGCGGCGUCGGCGGCAUCACCUCCAAGACGUACGAGGCCAACCUGUUUGGGCUC